UGAGUCCCCUAGCGGAGGAAAAUGGGCCUACAUUGAGAAAUUGAAAAUAAGGAUGAGCGCCAUGUCUGAUCCUCCGCUUGUGGAAUAGAGCUGACGGCAGAGCGAAUAAUUCCCGGGCCGGGGGUCCCGUCGGGGGUUCGGAGCGAAUCAUGGCGGACAGCGCUGGGAUUCAGCAAGGUUCGCCGGCCAUCGGGGCUGCGGGCCUGGUUCCGGCCGCUCCUGGAGCCGGGGGCACGGAGGGCUCUGGCGCCGCUGGAGGAUCCGCACGUAUCGCCGUGAAGAAGGCGCAACUCCGCUCCUCACCUCGGCCAAAGAAACUGGAAAAACUCGGAGUGUACUCAUCCUGCAAAGCUGAGGGAGCCUGCAAGUGUAAUGGCUGGAAAAGUCAGAACCCCCCUCCUACACCACCUCGGACUGACCAGCAGUCCAACACAGUCAACCUGCAGGAGCCCUGCCGGAGCUGUUCUCACACUUUGGGUGAUCAUGUGACCCAUUUAGAAAAUGUUUCCGAGGAGGAAAUGAACAGACUGCUAGGUAUCGUCUUGGAUGUGGAGUAUCUUUACACCUGUGUUCAUAAAGAGGAGGACGCUGACACAAAACAGGUCUACUUUUCCCUCUUCAAACUGUUGAGGAAAUCCAUCCUACAGAUGGGUAAGCCAAUGCUAGAAGCACAGGAGAGUCCUCCAUUUGAAAAACCCAGCAUCGAGCAGGGGGUAAACAAUUUUGUGCAGUACAAGUUCAGCCACCUGCCAUCCAAAGAGCGACAAACCAUCAUGGAGCUGGCCAAGAUGUUUCUCAACCAGAUCAAUUACUGGCAGCUGGAGACCCCCUCCCAGAGACGCCAGAGGGUUGCCAACGACGAUGUAGCGGGAUACAAAGCCAACUACACCAGGUGGCUCUGCUACUGCAACGUGCCUCAGUUCUGUGACAGCCUCCCCCAGUUCGAGACCACGCAGAUCUUUGGCAGGACCCUGUUGCGUUCGGUGUUCACUGUGAUGAGGAAACAACUGUUGGAGCAGGCCAGGCAGGAAAAGGACAAACUGCCACCUGAGAAGCGCACACUCAUUCUCACACACUUCCCCAAGUUCUUGUCUAUGCUGGAGGAGGAGGUGUACAGCCACAGUUCUCCCAUCUGGAGCCAAGACUUCUUGGCAGGAGCGUCAGGAGGGCAGAUUCCGAUCCACACAGUCAUCAGUGCGCCUCCUGUAGCCAGACCGUUGUACUACAGCACCAGUCCUGUGUCAGUGGACCCCUCCACCUGCGGCAGUGUCAGUCCUGCCAGGAAAACAGCGUCUGCACUAGAGCCAAACCCAGUUGGAGAAAAGCGUAAACCCUCUGAGCCCCUCAACCAUGAGGAAAAUAAGAGACCCAGGGUGGUUGGCGACAUCCCCAUGGAGCUCAUCAAUGAAGUCAUGGCAACAAUAGCGGACCCUGCAGCCAUUCCAGAGACCAGCCUGCUGUCCGCUCACUCUGCUCGUGACGAAGCAGCCCGCCUAGAGGAGCGCAGGGGGGUGAUUGAAUUCCAUGUCAUCGGUAACUCCCUCAACCAGAAGCCCAACAAGAGGAUCCUGAUGUGGCUCGUCGGCCUCCAGAACGUCUUUUCUCACCAGCUGCCCCGCAUGCCGAAAGAAUACAUCACACGGCUGGUCUUUGAUCCGAAGCACAAGACUCUGUCACUGAUCAAAGAUGGCCGCGUGAUCGGGGGAAUCUGCUUCCGGAUGUUUCCAUCGCAGGGUUUUACAGAGAUCGUGUUUUGUGCGGUCACUUCCAACGAACAGGUCAAGGGUUAUGGGACCCAUUUAAUGAACCACCUCAAGGAGUAUCACAUAAAACACGAAAUCCUCAACUUCCUCACUUAUGCCGAUGAGUACGCCAUCGGCUACUUCAAGAAACAGGGUUUUUCAAAGGACAUCAAGGUUCCCAAAGCCAAGUAUGUGGGCUACAUCAAGGACUACGAGGGCGCCACGCUCAUGGGCUGCGAGCUCAACCCCAGCAUCCCCUACACAGAGUUCUCUGUCAUUAUCAAGAAGCAGAAGGAGAUCAUCAAGAAGCUGAUAGAGAGGAAGCAGGCUCAGAUCAGAAAAGUCUACCCGGGACUCUCCUGUUUUAAGGAAGGAGUUCGUCAGAUACCCAUUGAGAGCAUCCCUGGCAUCCGUGAAACUGGCUGGAAGCCUGUGGGUAAAGGGAAGGAACUGAAGGACCCAGAUCAACUGUACAGUGCUCUGAAGACCAUCCUCCAACAUGUGAAGAGCCACCAGAACGCCUGGCCUUUCAUGGAGCCAGUAAAGAAAACAGAGGCACCAGGGUACUACCAAGUAAUCCGCUUCCCCAUGGACCUAAAGACCAUGAGCGAGCGUCUGAAGAGCAGGUACUACACAACGCGCAAGCUGUUCAUGGCCGACAUGCAGCGCAUCUUCACCAAUUGCCGUGAAUACAACCCGCCAGAGAGCGAGUACUACAAGUGUGCCAAUUUACUGGAGAAAUUUUUCUACACAAAGAUCAAAGAGGCGGGGCUCAUCGAGAAAUAGACGAGAGGAAGAAAGAAGUUCCUCCUCACCUUUAAUGAAAGGAUAAGACAAUCCUCAAACUGUGUGCAUGGAGGAGUUAAGAAAUGGACUUCUGAUGCUGUAGCGCAUAGGAUUCAGGAACACUUUGCGUUUUGCAUCCUUGUCAUUUUUUGAUUGCAUGCGGGUCCAGAGCUGAAAUCUGAAGCUUGAUAUUUUCACUGAAAGACGGGCCACAUGGGAAGACCUGCAAGACUUCAGGAAAAAGGAAACAUUGUCUUUAUAUUUCAUCACAUCAUCCCGAGUCCCAUGGAAAAACAGGACAGUGGGAGAUUUUGGGUAAUAUUUUUUUAACGACGCAGGAAGAAUCCAUAACUACUUCUGUUUUAAGACAUUGAAAAGGUAAUACAGGACGACAGCUGAUUGGAGGUUCACCAUACACCUUACUUUGUCUCUCUCUUUCUCUCUCUCUCUCCAUUCGUUCACUUCUCUCUCUUCCAUCCUUUCAUUCCUGGCCUUUUUAAAUGUCUGCCUCAUCCCCUUAAGUAGACUCAGGUAGAGUUGUCAUUAGCAGGAACCACAUCUUCAGUGUAUUAAGUCAUAGUAACAUGAGAGGAACCUGACUGAGUCUCUGUUACUGUUAGUGAAGUUGAAUUUUGUCUGUGAUGAGUUCAUCCUGCCAAAAAGAGGAAUACAUACUUUAAUCUGUACAGAUUAGAAAGAGUACAAAGCGCUUACACCCACUGUAUCAUUGAAAUGUGUAUAUAGCAUAUAUUUUGGGUUUUGAAACUAAAAGAUAAUCUUUUUUCCCCCCCAAUAAGCCACUUAGGGCAGGUUGUCUAUCAAAAAGCACUUUUAUUUUUCCAAGUAUUAGUUACCACAAGAGCAUCUUUUGUUUGACAUAUAAAUUACCGCUAUGGAAUAAGGACUAAUUCAAUUAUCUAGAGUUUAUUCUUAUUUAUGUGCAGUAAUUUAAGAACGAUGCUAAAGAAAAGGUCUUAAUUUAUUCGUUUUUUGUUUUUUUUUGUCCUGCAGAUGGAGAUUGAUCACUUUAUACUUUGGAGAUAAACGAAAAGAUUGUGCAAUACUAUGUAGUUUUGCUGUUUUGUAAAAAGGUGUUUGUACUUUUCAGACUUUAGGAAAAAAAAAUACAUUUUGUAAUAUGUCUCGAGAAAUGAAUCCAUGCUCUUUGUACAAUUGGUUUUAAUGACAUAGUAUUAGCCUAUUUUCUAGACUGAAUUAAACAGAAGUGAGGCUUAUC